AUGUGGGACUGGUCGGAGAUGUUACCGGACAUCAUCCACAUGAUCUCUCUAAAAAUUGACAACCCUUUCGAUCUGAUCCAUUUUCGAUCUGUGUGUUCUUGGUGGCGAGCCUCUAGUCUUCCCACAUUCCGACAAAUUCCAUCACCUAGAUGUCCUCUUCCCCCAGAUGUUGGGGGUUGCGGAGAUGAUUGCCAUAUUGUAAGGAGCCGUGUUUAUCUUGUCAACUCCUUUUCCUGCGAUCCUCCCCAAUUUUGUACAAGAAGAGGAGAAUGUUCAUAUCAAAGUCUGUCACUUGACUUGCUCAACACUCAAGUCAUUGAGCUAGGACAAGAACAAUUCGCUUGCUAUACCUAUUGGUGCAACCUGUUUGAUAGCGGUUUUCCGUAUAAAGGUGAAGAAAGUAUCGGCUUUAUGCAGUAAGGCGCAGAGAACAAAGGCUGAAACGUGUGCUACAUGUUCUUUGGAAAGAGACUACGAUUUCUGAUUUGAACAAUAUAUAUCUUGGACAUAUGAUUCUGGUAUUUUAAUUUUUGUUUUGAGUGUCCAGGACAAACCGGUUGAGCCUCAGAAAAGUGAAAGCAUUGACCAUGCUCAUCAGCCUGAGAUUUGAAGAUGCAUGUACUCAAGGGAUGGAGCAGUUCAUGGUUGUAGGCGUGAUGAUCACAUAAGUUCCCAACGGUCUAGAAAGCUUGAUGAUCGGUUCAGUAGCAACCAGGUGUAUGAUGACUGCGAGGAAAGCAUUGAACCAAGGGAAAAUCCACAGCCAAUUCCUUGUGAAAGCCAAAAGCACUGUAAGGAUCAUGAGUUGAUUGUCUCUGCUCAUCAUGAAAACGUUUUGAACCCGAGAAUUUCUAAGCAAAAACAGAUCUUUACUUUGUUAAAAAACAUUUUGCUUAUGUCUUUUCAUGAGUUGUUUUCAUUGAGCUGUGCAUUGAAAGAAAUUUGGAGUGGAAAAGA